GAAACGACGCCGUUAGGCUCAACCUCCGUAUCAAGCUAUCGAAGAAGCCCUAGAACCCAACCUAUGUAGAAACACUCCUGGAAAUUCUCAAAUUCACACAGAAAAUGGCAAUCGCACGAACUGGAGCGUACGUUGACGACUAUCUAGAGUAUGCAAGCACAUUGCCUGCGGAGCUUCAAAGGUUAUUCAAUACCAUUCGAGAGCUUGAUGAACGAUCGCACUCAAUGAUAAACCAGACGCGUCAACAAACGCAGUACUGCUUAGGAUUGGCUUCACAGAGCUCAAAGAGAGGAAAUGGGAACAAUUACAAUAAUAAUUAUAGUAUUAUUGAAGAAGAAGAGGCAGCGAUUGAGAAAAUGCGAAAGGAUAUUGAAAUGAAUCAAGACAGUGCAUUGAGUUUGUGCACAGAGAAAGUUUUGUUAGCGAGGCAAGCUUAUGACCUUAUAGAUAGCCAUGUAAAACGACUUGACGAGGAUCUGAACAACUUUUCAGAAGAUCUAAAGCAUGAGGGAAAAAUAGCACCUGAUGAGCCGGCAAUUCUUCCGCCAUUGCCUAUAGCCCCUAAAAUUGAAAAAUGCAAGUCCUUCUAUGGAACUCCUCAGCCAAAGAAAUUCGAUUUUAGGGAUAGGGAUUGGGAUCGAGAGCAUGAUAGGGAUUUUGAGCUCAUGCCUCCUCCAGGAAGCUAUAAGAAGGAAUUUUCUGCCCCAGUAGAUGUUGAUCAACCCAUUGAUCCCAAUGAACCUACCUACUGCGUUUGCCAUCAGGUAUCAUUUGGAGACAUGAUCGCCUGUGACAAUGAAAAUUGCCAAGGAGGUGAGUGGUUUCACUAUGCAUGUGUUGGGCUGACUCCGGAGACAAGAUUCAAAGGGAAGUGGUAUUGUCCAACCUGCAGAUUGCUUCCUCACUGUCGAUGAUUCUGUAUAUUACAACACUUUUGCUUUGGCUUGUUCAAGUUUCAGAUUAUCUUUCUUUAGGGGGAAACGUUGAAAUAGUCGUUACUGUGAUUUGAUCAUUCAUCCAGUUCUAUUAUACAGG